UUCCUCCUCCUUUCAGUUAGUAGUUUAGACGCCCUUUCCAGCCAAAUUUCCAUAAAUUCACUUCCUUUUAUCCUUCCAAAAUGCCAUCAAAAAAUGUCGUCAAAAAAUUAAAUUGAUGUAUUAUUAAGCUAUUUAUUUUAUAAAUUAAUAUAUCAUCACUUUAAUGAAUUAAAUAAAUAAAUAAAUAAAUAAUUUUCUUUCUUUAAGGACCACACAAUAUUCCCAUUAAAAAUGUCCUUUAUUAAUUUCUCUUUUUCUUCUUCAACGUCUUUUAAUUUUUCUAAAAAUUUGUUAAAACUCCUUCCACGUUUAAUGAUUUAUUUUUGGGCUUUUCUGCUUGUUUUAAAUUUUAUGGAAAAAAUUGAAGCAAUGCCUAUUGAUAACAACAGAGAAAUUUAUUUGGCAACUAUUUUGAGAGAUUCUGACGGUCAAGCAGCACUAAUCCCAAUAGAAAACGACCAAUUACUACAAUUUUUUGCUCAGCCAAAAAAUGAAAUUGCCAAACAAAGAAAGAGAAGGCGUGAUUUGAAUAGUUUGGAAUUGAUGGCACGUCAACAAGAAACGCCUUUUUUGGCUAAAAAAUAUGACAGAAAUUGCUUUUUCUCACCCGUACAAUGCACUUUACAACAAUGGGGAGAUGGAAAUCCAGCUGAAGAUGUUUUGAUUGGUGGAGGAUCUGGUAGACGACGAAGACGUUAA